UUACAGGAUAAUGUACCAGCUUUGUAAUUUUGAACUCAACAAGAUGGUGUUUCUCUUCUUACUUGUGUUGGCAUCAGUUGCUACUGCUGAAAAUGAGGAGAUGGACCUGCUGCUUGUCCAAGCGAUUUGGCGUCAUGGCGACCGUUCACCGCGGAAAAUCUAUCCGAAUGAUCCCAUUAAGGAGAAGGAUUGGACGUUUGGAGGAGGAGGCUUUGCACAGCUUUCACCUAUGGGAAUGGAGCAACACUUUAAGCUUGGCGAACAGAUCCGAAGAAGAUACGUUGAGGAUCUGCACUUUUUAUCAAGACGAUACCAUGCGGAAGAGGUUUAUAUUCGCUCUUCCGAUUACAAUAGAACGUUAGUGUCGGCAAUGUCAAACGUCAUCGGAAUGUACAGCUCUAACAACUCUUACAGCCAAAAUGGCACUGACUACCCAGGUAUGGUAGGGUGGCCGGUAGGGUACGUGCCGAUUCCUGUACAUACUGUGCAACGUCCCGAUUAUGUUGUCAUAGCUGACGACCGAUGCGCUCGUCGCGAUCAUGUAUGGAACAUGGCAAAAAAAUUGGAAGAAUUCAAAGAUUAUUUGAGUCAGGACAAAGUGGUGAACAUGUUCAAGAAACUGACCGAGAAUUGUAACCAAACAGUCAAUGAAGACAAUUUGUGGGAAAUUCGUGAUCUUCUGUUUAUCGAGCUGCUACAUUUUGGCGAUAGAGUGCGAAACAUAACAUGGUUCUCGGAUGAACUAUACGAGGAGAUGACUGAUAUUGACACCAACAUUACACGUUUCAAGAAUGGAAUUUUCAAAAAAUCAUCCGAACUUGACGGUCUGGAUAUUGGGCGAGAAAUUCAGAAACUCCGUGGUGGAUCACUAUUUAAUGAGCUCAAUAACCAUAUGCAGACCAAGCUGAACUGCAGCAGCAGCAACGACGAAGAACCUUCACCUCUAUGCAAAUGGAUGAAUGGACUAAAGUAUUAUGCUUAUUCAGGGCACGACACAACAUUAUAUGCCUUUUUAACAAUAUUAGGACUGAUCCAGUCCGAUUUGGCAAUACCGAAUGGAUAUCCUGCAUAUUCCGCAGCUGUAUUUUUAGAAUUAUGGAAAAAUAAGACUAGUAAUCAGCCAUAUUUCCAAAUUAUGUACUAUCCAAAUCGUAACAACACGGAACACACUAUUUAUCCUAUAUCACAAGAGAUCAAAGCUUGUAAUGGGAAAUCACUGUGCGAGCUUCGCGUGUUCGAGGAGCUUGCCGAAAAAACAAAGCCGGAUAAGGAUAUGAUUGAAUGGUGUCGCAUGGAUUCGGAUGUUGCAAAUGCAGGACUGUUCUCCAUCUUGACAUUAGCUGCCGCUUUUCUGUCCCUUUUAUGGAUGAACUCCUAAGACUGAUCGAUUAAUAGCACAAAUCAUAUAGAUGUACAGAGUGGCAAUCUCAGUUGAUUUAUAUUGUAUUGGGCGAAGAACUCAAAUAAAUUUGCA